GUUCUUCGAUCAGGAAACAAGACAACCCUUGUUAUCCAGGACUGUGUAAGAACGGUGGCGUAUGUCGUGCUAAAACACCCGAUGAAGGCUAUGGUUAUUACUGUUUGUGUAUUGAAGGUUUCGGAGGAGAUAAUUGUGAAAUACGUACAGGUACACCCAUCGUAAAGAGAAACAGCCCUUGUUUCUCAAGACCAUGCAUGAAUGGAGGCGUUUGUCGAGCUAAAACGCCUGAUGAGGGCUUUGGAUAUUACUGUCUCUGCCCUGAGGGCUUCAGAGGGAAGAAUUGCCAAGAAGGUGGAAGGUAAAGAAUAUGGACACAUCUUGAGAAGCAAAUUAAAGAAAUCUUUGCUCCUUAAUAAAAUUUGUCUUGGAAA